AGUUCUCUACUGUAGCUGCUAAAGCGCUAGUGUCGGAAAAGGGUUUUAUAAGUUUUCGUUCUCCCAACUGUCAUAUCUUGUGUAUGUCCAAGCAAAAAACUGGAUUAUUACCACGUCGGCUAUUUUUGAUUAUUAAAAUGUCGGUGAUUUUUUACUGCCCACUUUGCAACGGUUUUCCAUAAAAGCCAAAUUAACGUAAAUUCUAUAGUGGCCUUUGACCUGUGGUGUGGUUGUCCAAAGUCACAAAAUUUUCCAAUAAACAAUGUCAAAUUUGCCAAGGAGAACAGCUACUGAGAACCUGCUGAAUAAACUUCACCAAAAACAAUUAACGGGGAAGUGGGAAAAUUACAGCCAUAGACAAGGCAAAGCUCCAUUGUUUGGGCGAUUGAAUGAACGGCUAAUAUUUCAACUAGACAAAGUAAUUCCAUUGUCAGCCUUGGAAGCAGGACAUAUUCUUCUUGGAUUUUCAAAAUGUGCCCAAUUCUUAUUGACAUAUACCCAUUCAGUUGAGCUGGAAGUAAAUUUGCUGACUAUGGUCCACAAAUAUAAGCUGCAUUGGUGGAGUUUUGUGCCUUACAAGCAAGCCAACAAGGUGGCAGAAGUCACUUUAUUUAGUGACCAAGGAGUUAAUCUGGCUUUGCAAAUUGUGUUGUGCUAUUGGCCAGGUGACUCUACACGUAUACUAGUCCAUGGAAGCAGCAUCCAAUCCGAGGGUGAAAGUAGAGAGUGUUAUUUAACCGUCACGUCAGUGCCAUCUGUGAAUUGUCCUGAUUGCCACCGGAUAGCUCAGUCAUUUGGAGACGAAGAUUUGGCUGCAAGCUGGGAUAGUUGCGUUCGCUUUAGUUGCCUCAGACAUGGCUACACCAUCCAUAGCAAUUAUUCAACCGUACCGCCUUACCCAUCCUUUAUCGCCUCUGUUUCUUUACGCUGCGACGGCACGAUCGUGAUCAACACCGCCAACUUCUUACAUGUCCUGUCUUUUCAAGUGGAAUUUCCACCGAAUGGGUCUAGCGGUGAUCAAGAUUUUCUCUUGUCUCAGCCUGCUUCGCUGGACGAUGGACAUCAACAGCAACUACCAGCUGUUCAGCGUGAAUGGGAAGAGGACUCCGAGCGCUCAUACUCUUUUUCCAACGUUCGGUCUACUUCCUCUGUGACUUCCAAUACUCCAAACAUGUCGCCGAAUUUUACCUCAUCAAGCAGUCAACGAAAAUCUAUCGGAAGCCCUAUUCCUCAUGCAAACAGCACCAACCAAGAAUCAGAGUAUGAUUUCAUGGAAGAUACUUCGGAACUCCCACGUGAAACGAUCUCCGCGUUUCGAAAACGUCGUUUGGCCGACAAAAAGUACGAAUUUACGGAUGAAAAUACGGAGAACAUCCCCCUGAAAGUAAUGCGGAAAAGACGUGAUCUCGAACACCAGUUACAGCAACAGCUGCAGCAGCAUCAAUCCUUUGUAGUUGUUUCGGGUUCCAAAGAUGUCAAUGAUGAUUGGGAAUGGAAUUUUAGCUGUACCGUCGGUACGAAUGAUGUAUUGCGACCGUUCAAUUCCAACAUCCCCACCCCUAUCCGGUCCCCCGAUUGGGACCGACUAGGAGAACUAGUUGAGGAUACCCGACCUCCAAUAGAACUCCAAAGAGAACCUUCAAAGCUGGCAGAGCCACCAACUUGCGUCGCUCAAUUUCAGCGAAGGUACUUUGAAGUAGAUGAUGAGCUAGUCAGUGUUAUUACGGACAUUGAAGAUGAUGACCUGAGUAGCAGCACAGGUUAUCAUAACGCACUACCGUUGGAAGUUCAUGGAGCUGGCUACAAUCAGAUGGCCAUGGUUUCGAACGCCAAAGCCUUUCGACUGAAGCUUCCGCACGUUUGUGUUAAGCAGAUGAGCAUUGACACGGAACAGUUUUGUCAUGAAAUGGCCCAGCGAUUAUGUACUCAAGCCCAAAAAAAAUACUGGUUUUGCAGCGAUUUCAACGUUGAGAUUAUUGAUCUGUGUCUGGAAACAAAUGACGUUGUUGCAGCAGCUUACAUGCUCGUUGAAGCCGAUGUACCUCAGACCAAUCAGAAAAUGCAACGAAGUCUGUGUCAAGCCAGCGUUUUCUUCGCCUGGAAUACAGAAACCGGACAACACCGAAUCAUCGAUUACGAUUUACCUGUAGAGAUAGCAACCAUUACUUCCCAAAAUCAAGCAGUUUCUACCAGUCGAUCCGGUUGGCAUCCAGCAAAAGAUAUUGGCCGACGCUUACGCAAAGAAUUGAUGACCCCAGCAAAACCAGUUUACACCCUAACAAACAUCCCCGAACUCACAGGGCGAUCAUUUAAUGUAAUCUAUGACCCAUCUCGGACAUUCGCCAUUGUGUUGUACGACAAGAAAUAUUAAACAAUUGUUAUAAUA